AUGAACGAGUCUGAAGAGCCAGCGAUCCCUUCACCCAGUCUCUUCACAUCACUCGUUCCAUACGAAAACCAACGAGACAGGAACGCACUGCCCACGGUUGGACAAUGCGCCGUACACUUGGAGCUACUCGAGGUGUUCUUUGCAUUGCGGUCGAAAAUCAUCAACUCGACGCAACUGGAUAAUACAUUCGGAAUAAAGAUUAAUAACGGGAUCGUGCACAGGAAGGAAUACGAUCGCAGGAAGCGAAAAUACAUCUACAAGCCAUAUAAGUUACGUGACAAUACCUGGCAGGCCAGAAGGAGGGAGAAGUGGUCUUACUUCCUGUCCAUCGCUGUCCAGAGGUUUAAGAUGUGGAUAAGGAAGGCCAACGACACAGUAGAUGGAUCGGGGCUAUCGGAGAACACCAGACUGCCAUUCUUGCCCCCUUUAGAUGUGCUUAUGGUCUGGCACGCUUGCUUGCUUAAUCCCGUGGACUUUGAUUAUUAUUGCAGGAAAAACGGGCUGAAAGGAAUUCGCCAGCUGUCAUUUCCCUGGGCAGAGAUCCACCGCGCCAUAAACGCAAAUGACUGGACUUAUUCGCUGGCAAACGCCUCGAGCGAUUGGACCAGGGUCACCGUUAAUAUGCAUCCGGAUCUAGUCCAGUACCUCGAACUCAUGGGGAGAACGGCGAACCCCGUCUCGCGCGUCCUGUCCAGGUAUGGCGACCGGAGUGUAACCUUUGGCAGUUUGUCUCCGGAAGUGCGAUACCUCGCCGAUAGCGAAAAGUCCUUUCUCAACAUCCUUCUCGAGCUAGACGUACAAAAGAGUCAGAAUCAGCCGUUGGUGGACAAUGUCCAGCGCCAGGCCGCCUUCGUCGACAAGAUGCACCGCCAUCUUUGGAUCUGCAGCCCCGCUGCCGAGGGAACUCUGCGCCGGGCCCUUGGCCGGUACGAUAAGUUCCUCAAACUCUUCAAGUUCUACCCGGGCAAGAUGAUGGUACCCACAUUGGAUAUUGAUCUCGUGUGGCAUACGCACCAAUGCUCCGCGGCACAAUACGAAGAGUCGAUGCGGGAGCGCACGGGGCGGUUCAUCAAUCACGACGACAAAAUCGGCCAGCCAGUACUGGAUGGCGCGAUGGCGGAGACGAGGCAACUGUUCAUCAUUCGGUUUGGCCAGGAGUACUCGACCUGUCUUUGCUGGGAUUGUGAAGCGACUGCGUCUAUUUUGGAACAGAUCGACGAGAAUGGCGGCCUGGAUGGGGCUGACAUGGAUGCGUUAGCUGAGCUUGUCCGACAGGACGUUGGAUACUACCGGGCUGUCGAGUUGGCUAGACAAAAUGGCCAGGAACGGCCCCGCCGGCAGUGA